AUGAAUCGGAAAGGUUUUGGGAGACAUUGGGGGCGUAAAAGACAAGAAAAUAAAUCGAAACAUCCUCGGGCUGAUGACACAUCAUUUCAUAGACGUAACUUCAGAUUUAUUGCGUCCCCUGUUUUGUUAGUGUUCUCAUUGCUGCGAUCGAUUGCUUUCCAACUUUGGGUUAUCUUGGAACUGCUCGUAUGCAGGGCCAGUGCCCUGACCAACCGAGCUUCCUCUAGGUCCGGAUACCAGAGACAUAGUGAUGCCGAGAUCGGUGACACAAUGACAUCAAGGACGAACACGAGCCCAGGUCCAGCCGACCCUGUGUUGGCCUCCCAGAAACACCACCACAGAAAGGCAUUUGAAUACCUCUCUAAGGCUCUCAAAAUUGACGAAGAAGAUAACGGACGUAAAGAUGUUGCUGUGGAGCUGUAUAGGAAGGGAAUAGGGGAGCUACAGAAGGGCAUUGCUAUUGAAUUGAAAGGGCAAGGGGAGGCAUGGGACCGAGCACGCCGCCUGCAGGACAAGAUGAUGACCAACCUGGUGAUGGCAGAGGACAGACUGGUCGUGCUCAAUAAAUUACUAAAUGAUGCUCAAAUAUCCGCCCAUGCAAUGGAAGCAGAGGAUCGCAUUAAGCCCUCAUGGGCUGCCCCUGAGCAGAUUGGCGUGAGGAAGAGGGUAGGAGGUGCAGACCCCAUACGGCCGGGGAAGCUCACUCCCAAAGCUGAUCCUCCAGCUCAACAAGUUUCCUCCAAGCCCCAGAAGAUCAAGCAGCCAAUAGGCGUGCAUCGGAGUAGCACGCUGCCUCGAAACUUCGGGAAAACCCCGGGAACCCCCGACCUGGGAUCGCGCCAGAAACCUUCCCCUACGCAUACAGAUGUGCCAAACAGACGAGCCCUUGAUAGGCAGAACUCAAAUACAAAACCUGCGCCUGACAGAAAAACCAGGGAUGUCAAGAACUUGAAGUUGAAGGGAGUCGACAAGAAGCUGGCUGAGACCAUUCUCAAUGAGAUCAUUGACUCCGGACCCCCGGUCACAUUUCAGGAUAUAGCGGGGCAGGAUACCGCUAAGCAAGCCUUACAGGAGAUCGUCAUACUGCCAGCCUUGAGACCCGAGCUGUUUACGGGCCUGAGAGCACCUGCCCGGGGCCUGUUGCUGUUUGGACCGCCUGGCAAUGGUAAAACUAUGCUGGCAAAGGCUGUUGCUAACGAGUCCAAUGCAACAUUCUUCAACAUCAGUGCCUCUAGUCUGACAUCCAAGUGGGUGGGGGAAGGAGAGAAGCUGGUGAGAGCCAUGUUUGCUGUGGCCAAGGAGCUGCAACCCUCGGUUGUCUUUAUGGAUGAGGUUGACUCCAUCCUGUGUGAGCGUAAGGAAGGGGAGAAUGAUUCAAGCAGACGACUCAAAACUGAGUUCCUCGUACAGUUUGAUGGGGUGGCAGGUUCCUCAGAGGAUCGUGUUCUGAUCAUGGGGGCAACCAACAGACCACAGGAGCUUGAUGACGCUGUGCUCAGGCGUUUUAGCAAGCGUGUAUAUGUGAGCAUGCCAAAUGCAAAGACGAGACUCGCCCUGCUUAGACAUCUCCUGGGCAAACACAACAACCCGCUGUCGGACAGGGAACUCGAGCAGCUCGCUAAACUGACUGAAGGGUACUCUGGUAGUGAUCUGAACAGCCUUGCUAAGGAUGCUGCCCUUGGGCCCAUUCGGGACAUGUCCCUCCACGAAGUGAAGCAGGUGUCAGUGAGGGCAGUACGGCCCAUCUGUCUCAAAGACUUCACGGCCUCUCUACAGAAGAUUCGCCGCAGUGUGCAGGAGGACACACUGUUCAGGUACCUGGAGUGGAACAACACCUACGGGGACAUGGGAACGUGAUAGGGGUGCCAGGAUGGGGUCGGGGUAGGAGCAUCUGAGCUUCAGUGAGGGACAUGAGCACGGCAUGUCAGUGAUAUUUUUACCCAAUUGGGAAAAGUACCUGUACCAGCCCAUUGGGAAAAAUGUGUACAAAAAACUACGAAAUUGGGAAAAUCGGCAUUGUGUAGUCUUCAUAUUGGAAAAUUGGGGUAUUUGAUUUUUUUACUCCCAAUGGAAUAAUUGAAAAUUUAUAACUAAGUGUUCUCAAGUUGUUAAUAUUAUAUUUACUUAAGUUAAAGCCAUAUAGCUACAUAUGGAAACUAACUAACUUAAAUUUCAUUAAAAAAAAUAAAAUUUGGAAACAUUCAUUAAGAAACUUUUUGAGAGAAAUUGGGAAAUGUGUAGUUUUUUCCUAAUUGUGAAAUUGCCGUUUUCCAGUACUUUAUAAAGAAGGAAAAAAUCACUGCAUGUGAUGUGUGCCUCAAGGAUCUCUGUGCAUUGUCUGAAAAAUGAUGCAAAAUGUACAAAGGAGUGAUACUGCAAGCCUUUUCUUUGUUUGUCAGUCGGCUACACACAAUUAUUGGGUAAAAUAGGGUAGGUUAUGGUUGGAUUUUUUCCAAAUUUUGAAGACAAUCUUAAGGCCUUGUUGACACCCAUGUGAAGUUAGUAACAGACACAACAGAUACAUUAACCCCAUUCCCACUCAGAAGCAAAGUGACAAUAGUUGUACGCAAACAGCAUAAAACCAGAACAGCCUGUGAGUAACCCCCAGUCUGUUCAGGUUUUAUGCUGUUUUCUGCUCAUCAGUAUCUUAGGGUUGGAAAUGAAACCUGUAAAACUUCAAUCUAGUAAGAAAGGUUUUUAAUCUAAUUUAACUUUCUAAGGGACUAGAAAUGCGUCAAAAUACGUAUCUUAGUGUAAAAGGUUAAGCUGCACUUCAGGUUACAUGCAAUACCAUCUCAUACCUGUCAGUUUAACUAUAACUACUACAUAGACUUUCAUAAUAAAUUUUGACAUUUUCAAUAGUUGUUAAUCUUUUUUUUUUAAAUAUGAGCUAUUGUAAUCACCUUGGCGUCGGCGUCCGGUUUAGUUUUGCGUUUAGGUACACUUUUCUCAUAAAGUUUCAAUGCGAUUGCAUUCAAACUUUGUACACUUACUUACUAUCAUGAGGGGACUGGGCAGGCAAAGUGAGAUAAUUCUGGCUUGCAUUUUGACAGAAUUAUGUGCCCCUGUUAUACUUAGAAAAUUGAAAAUUUUGGUUAAGUUUUGUGUUUAGGUCCAUUUUAUUCCUUAAGUAUCAAAGCUAUUGCUUUCAUACUUGCAACACUUACUAACUAUCAUAAGGGGACUGUGCAGGCAAAGUUAUGUAACUCUGACUGGCAUUUUGACAGAAUUAUGUGCCCUUUUUAUACUUAGAAAAUUGAAAAUUUGGUUAAGUUUUGUGUUUAGGUCCACUUUUUUCCUAAAGUAUCAAAGCCAUUGCUUUCAUACUUGCAACACUUACUAACUAUCGUAAGAGGCCUGUGCAGGCAAAGUUAUGUAACUCUGACUGGCAUUUUGACGUAAUUAUGGGCCCUUUAUACUUGAAAAUUUGGUUAAGUUUUGUGUUUUGGUCCACUUUACCCCUAAAGAAUCAUAGAUAUUACUUUCAUACUUGGAACACUCGCAAACUAUCAUAAGGGGACAGUAAAGGACAAGUUGCAUAACUCUGGUUGUCAUUUUUACGGAAUUAUGGCCCUUUUUUGACUUAGUAACUUUGAAUAUAUGGUUACAUUUUGUGUUAAGAUCCACUUUACUUCUAAAGUAUCAAGGCUAUUGCUUUUAAACUUUAAAUACUUUCAUGCUAUCAUGAGGGUACUGUACCUGGCAAGUUGAAUUUUACCUUGACCUUUGAAUGACCUUGACUCUCAAGGUCAAAUUAUUAAAUUUUGGUAAAAUUGCCAUAACUUCUUUAUUUAUGAUUCGAUUCAAUUGAUACUUUGACAAAACAACUCUUACCUGACAUACCACAAUUGACUCCGUCAAAACCAUCCCCCACGCCCCCUCGAAUCCCAACCCUCCGAAUCCCCCCUCAAUCCCCCAAUUAUUUUUUUUUAAUUAAAGAUCAUCUAAUAAAUGACCACCACACCCUCACACUAUACCCCCCACCCCGACACCAAAAUAAUAAUUUUCAUGCCCCCCCCCCCCUCAACUGAGCUCGAACCAAUGACCCCUGGAAUAAAAGUCUAUCGCUUAAACCACUCGACCUUAAUAAAUUCAAAGCGGCGUUCUCAUGAAGCUGCACAUUUUGAGUGGUGGAAGGUCAAGGUCAUUCUUCAUGGUCAUCCUUAAAGGUCAAAGGUAAAAAAAAUAAUAAUUUCAAAGCGGCGUUAUUAUGAAGCUGCACAUUUUGAGUGGUGGAAGGUCAAGGUCAUCCUUCAAGGUCAAGGUCAUCCUUCAAGGUCUAAGGUCAAACAAAUAAUAUUUCUAAGCGGCCUCAUAAAGCUGCACAUUUUGAGUGGUGGAAUUUCAAGGUCAUCCUUCAAGGUCAAAGGUAAAAAAAACAAUUCAAAGCGGGGCAAUAGGGGGCAUUGUGUUUCUGACAAACACAUCUCUUGUUUUUUUCAAACAUGGUUAAAAAACACAAAUAUUUAUUUUUAUUAUUUUAUUUUUGAAAUACCGUCCAACCAUCCCAACCAAGAAUCCUCCCCCCCCCCCCCAAAAAAAAAUUUGCAUUGUUUUUGCAUUUUUGGAAGAUAAUGUAAUCAAUGACCACACCCCUACACUAUACACCCCUCUCCACUCCACCCUUCCCUCCUUUGUGAUUGAAAUUGAAAUAGGUCCCUACGCCUUUAAAAAGAAAAAUAGAUGAGCGGUCUGCACCCGCAAGGCGGUGCUCUUGUUAACAUUUCCUUCCAACUGUAUUGCUUUUGUAAUUGUAAGAAAUAAUUUCUAAUUGAUAUUGAAAGCAUCUCCUUUUGGUAUUAUUUAAAACAUUAUUAAAAUAUAUUAACAUAUAUUAUUAUAUUAUAAUAUUAUAACAAUAUAUUUUGUAAAACUUUGUAUUUUUAUUGUUUACUAUGUUUGCACAAUUAUGUAUUCAUUCUAAUAAAUUGUUUACAUUCCAUGGUGUAUACAUUUUGUUGUAAGUUUUUUGAAAAUCCAUGAGACAUUUUUUAUGAUUUACCAAAUACAUAUGUUUUAAACUGUACCUUCCUCUAUAUGACAUCUAAAUAUAUCUCAGUGUGUACAGAAACUGUAACAUAUAUUAUUACUGUAGACAGAAAAUCAUUUUGUACACUUUAUAGUAAAAUACACUUCUCAUUUAUUGUACCUGUGGUUUUUGUACUCAAUUACAGUGUUUUGUUUAUUAAACAUAUAUUCAUAAAGCAAUGUGUUAUGCUAUAAAUUCAUUUAAAAUAUUAAUAUGGCGAUAAUUGAAAUAAUAAAAAAACUGAAAAAUUAGCCAUUCCAUUAAAUUCCAUUUUUCUGUGCUUUGUAGUAUAACUUGCAUUUAAUGAAAGCAAACAUAUGUGAAGCCAUCAUAUUACUGUUAUUUUAGUUAUGUUUGACGUAUAUUAGUCGAUGACAUAAUAGUAUAGUGCUUUUGCUUCAAAGUGCAUUUACUCAUUAUGUGUUAUUGAGAUCCUAGUCAAGUCAUUUUCUCUAUCAUAUAUCUCUUGUGAACUUGAAAUCCGCUUCUUUCAAUAAUAGAGAAUUGUAAGGGUCUUGUGCAGAACAAAAAAUUUAUCAUAGUACACAGGGUGCAGGAUCAACAGGGUUCACAGGGGUUUACAUACUGACUGGGAAGAAUGUAAACACACUGUUAAGAAUUUUAUUUUUGCAAAUAUCUCAAGCUAUUGAAAUACAUUUGCAAAACUCUUUAGUGCAUAAAAUGACAGUUGUUCUUGCAGUUUGUGCCAAUAUCUUUAGAUUAAAGAAUAAAUCAUUGAAUCUGACUGAAAUUGGUUCCAAAUGUACAUGUUGUGUGCAGCAUAACAGUGUACAUGAAUGCUGAACACAUCGAAUGUUUGGCGAAGAAUACAGGCUUACUAAAUAAAGUAAUUCUGAUGUAUUUAACAUUGCCAUAAGCAGCAUUAAAAAACGUCUUUGAUGCACUUUUUGAAAUUCUUAUGCAAAAAUGUUUUAAAAAGUUAUAUGAAAACAAACACCACUUACCGGUGUGGUUUCAUCAAUUAACGUUUAAUUGUGAACCCCACAGUCACAUGAUCCUGCACCCUGGUACACACUAGUCUUGGUGCCUUGUAAGUCUGUCCAUACUAGAAUCAUCCGUAAUAACUCACCAUGGUAAAAUGUAGGCAGAUUAUUUGUGCACAAUAACUCAAAAAAGAAUUGAAACAUUGUAAUAAAAUGUUUGAUAUGGGUACCUUGUAUGGAUCCCUUGCUUAGUAUUAAAGGGGUGGCUAUAUUAUUUCAUUCUUUUAUUAUAUAUGUGUAGUGGUGAUCAAAAGUUGACUCAAUAAACCUUAAUCUUAAAACGGAACAUUUUUUGUCCACCUUGAACUUUAAAAAUACUUGAAUUCCGGGCCUGUUGCUGCUUCUUCGGCAGAUCUUCGAGUUACUGUUUGUUGGUUCAUAUGUUGCAUAAAAUGUUUUUUUUAUUGAUACAUUAUGUACAUUCAUUGAUUGUUAUUGUUCUUUUCUCUUGAAGUGUUUUGAUCAAUCUUAUUUGACAUGGUUUUAAUAUGCACACAAUUCUCGGCAGCAUGGUAGAUGUUGUGGCUUGUUGUGGUUGAUGUAAUUAGUAAGAUUGAAAUCCUAUUAUUUGUGUGAUAAAUAUUGUGCGUGCACACAGAGUUUUUGUUUAGAGUACACUUAAUGUUCAUAUCAAAUCUAAUUUCAUUCAUCAAAAUCAUAUAUUUUAGCAAUACAAUUACAGGAGUACAAUGUAUAAUUUGCUUCCCCAAAUGCAUCCAAUUCCAUAGGAACUAAUAAAAUCCUAAACCAAAUUUGUUAAAGGGUCUUUUCCCUGAAUAAUUUGAACACCAGAUAAAACUACUAAACACUUAUACUUUGUCAACAAUUGCAUAUUGAUUUCAACUUGUUGUUCUUUGUUUAAUAAAAUAUGCUCCAUAAAAUAUAUUUCUGCCUAGUUGACCAAAGAACAAAAUAUUGUUUCUGUUUUCAAUUUGUUGAAGUUUAUAGAGUUAAAGAGUUUAUUUGUUAAUAUAAAAUAUGCUGUAGUGUUUUUAUGGAGUGUUUAUGUUACUUAUGGGACAUGUAUUUUGGCUAUGUUUUUGUUCAUUUGCAUUUAAUGUUUAAUCUGCAAAUCAUGAAAAGCUUAUAUUAUUAAGACAUUUAAUGUUAGCAACAUGACCUUUGUAUUUGUCCGAACAUGUUUCAUGGGGGAAUCUGUGUCCUUAACACAUCAUCUUGUCAUCGUCAGAAGUUUUUUAUGUUGUCAUUGUUCGUGAACCAGCUGUUUUUCAGGGAUUGUUUUGUCUGUAGUCUUAUUCCUCUUUUAAUUGCAGGGUUGUUUUUUGCCAUUCAUAUCAAUUUCAUUUUUGUUUUAUUUUUAUUUUGAUACUUGUAUUUUGAAUGGUUUGUGGAACAAAACAUAUUUAUUUGCCAUUCUAUGCUCUGUUUAUUCAAUGUUCAGCAUAUUAUACAGAAGUGCAUUCAUUCUAUUUUCUAUUGAAUCACAAGCAUGGGGUCACUGGAGUGUAAAAUUCCCUGAUUUUACCGUGACCAGAAACGUAUAUACUGUAAAAAUCAAAUUGCUGGUUAAUUUUACCACCACUAUAAGCUUUUGCACAAUAGUUCAUAUCUUUUUCUGGACAUGCAUAUUUUGUUUUCUUGGUCUAUCUGCAGUCUGGGAUAAAAAAAGCUUCCUUGGCAAAUGCCUUUAUAAGAAAUGGCAUUUUUGCACUUCUUUGAAUGUGAAUAUCUAGAGAAAGUAUAAUUGAUUUGAUAAUGUGAAUUAUAUAUAUUCAAUAAAGAAUAGAUAUUCAUAAAAUUCAAUUAUUGUUUCUGAUAAAAGACUUUGUUGAUUUUCCAAGGUCAUUACAGCUAGUGCUAGAGUAAUUUUGACAAUUUUGGUCUGAUAUGUAAAAUACCAUACCAGUCCUAUUGACAAUUGAAUAUAACAGGAAAACAUUACUUUGUGCUUUAUUUUGUAAGUGCUGAUUGCUUGCUUGCUGUAAAAUAACUUGCCUGUUGGGCCUGUGUAUUUAUUAAGUGUAUGUAUUUUGUAAUAAAUAUUUAUAAAACAGUGAAA